UACCAGUCUCGCUGCGGCUGCCCGUCUGCCUGCUCGGCCAUAGCUUAGUGAGCGGCGCUACUGGCCGGACGUGUUUUGCGCGAACCCCAGCUUUGAGGGCGCUUUUGGGAGCUUUUGUCUGCGCGCGUGACACUGAUUAGGUUUGCGCCGUGCGCAAGGGAAGCAACGCAACAGGUGUUCCGGUGUUGCGGAUCUGCGUCAUCUUUUUGCGGGCUUUCGUUGUUGUUUGUUUCUGUUUUAAUUUGCUUGUUUGCGGUGGGUGUACCCGUGCGCGGCGGGUCCGUCUUUCCUGCGUAAGCAGCAGCCGCGCCAAACUGCCGACGCUCGCGCGCAGCGGUGACGUACCUCGGUUUUGGACGACGGUGGAUGUUAGUUCCGGUAAAGGUCGAAGGUAGUUCCGCGUACCACCGAAAAAAAAGGUGGCCCACGGGUGCAAUUGUCGGGCCGUGUCGGUUGUCUUGCUCUUGCUCUUGCCGAGUAGUGGCUGUUUUAAGAAGCAACCGCGCGGGCUCUGCGCGCCCCUUAACGUAUGUAAAGUUUGUUGUAAAGUGAAUGGUGGUAAAACCCUCACCUCCCCCUCCCCCGGUGCGCACUGUUUCGUUGGGCAUGCCGGGUUGGUAGUUGCCGCGUGGUCCAUCAACUGCUGCGUUUGUGCCCCCUUUUUUUUUUUUGGUGGAGAUGUGUAAUGGUGGGGACGCGAAGGGUGUUCUAGCCUUCGGUGGAUUAAGUGCGAUCUAAUAAGUGGUUCUGUGGACGUGUCUUGCUGUAUGUGUAGUUUUCCGUUUCUGAAUGUGUGCUUUGUUUGUUUUUGUUUUUUUUUUUAUUAUUUCAAAUCUUAAUCAAGAGAUCUCCAACGUCCAGACGUGCGUGUGUUUUGCCAUACAUUGGUUCACCGCCAAUUGUCCCUUGCUUUUGCCUCGCAUCGGCUGCAUCAUUAACGUCAGGACGAAACGACCCCCCCAAUCAAUCAAUCUAGUUUUGUGUGUAUUUUGUGAAAUCUUUGGAAAUCUUACUCACCUUGCGCUGUGCCGUGCAAAACGCCAAAUGCGGUGCCACACUCGCGUGUGAGAGACGAUUCCUCCUUUCCCGGUAGACGACUACCACGACGACUUAGCAAAAGUACGAUGUCUCUGCACGAAUGGUAUCGCAGGCGGGAGCGGGGACUGCCGGCACGCAUCGGCGACACCGACAUGAUCUACCGCACCAUCUUCCGGUCGCUGCAGCCGAGGGCACUGUCGGCCGAGCUGUCACACCCUUACCGGUGCGGGCAGGACAGCGGGGCCAUCUGCAAUCUGGAGUUUUCGCCCGAUGGGACGCUGCUGGCCGCUGCCUGUGAAUAUAAAUCGAUCGUGCUGUUCGAUCCGCUCGCAGAAAAGCAGGUGAGCGCCGUCAGCAAUGCCCACGACGGCAGCGUCAACUGCAUCAAAUUCGUCGACAGCCGUACCUUUGCGUCCUGCUCGGACGACACCACGGUUGCGCUGUGGGACGCGCGCAACCUCUCGACCAAGCUGCGCACGCUGCGCGGCCACAGCGGCUGGGUGAAGAACAUCGAGUACGCGAGGGGGGCCGGCGUGCUGCUCUCCUCCGGGCUGGACGGGCUGGUGUACGCCUGGGAGCUGAACAACAGCACCGAGCAGGGCUGCACCUACCAGCGGCUGCUGUACAUGCCCGGGCUGAUGCGGUGCCGGCUCGCGCCGGACGAGUCGCGGCUAGUGCUCUGCACCGGCACCGGCUACCUGAUGCUGGUGCACGACCUCGACCUGGCCAGCCUGGCCGGUGAUCUCGUCGACUUUCGCCCAAACAUACAACGACUGAACCUGAUGCGCAAGCAACGGGUCCCGCUGGGCGCACGCAAGACUCCCGCGGUCUCCCACAGAAGAAAGAGAAAUCGUAUCGAGUUUGUGAGCGACUUUCCACCCGGCGACGAUGCGGAAAUGAUUAGCGGCUUGACGCUACAUCCUCAAGGUUGGUGUGCUCUUAGUAGAAAUAUUUCAUACGACGAAAAAACAGAGUGGUCUGUAGUGCACGAUAUACAAAGCUGGAGCGAGAAUGAGGAUGAAUCGGACACGGAGAAGCAGGAAUCGGAUGAACUGAACACGGAGGAUAGCCAAGAGCCCGUGCAGGAAGAUGCGUCCCACCAGGAGCGAAGCAGCUGCAACCGAUCGAUGGAGGGUUUCGGGAGAGAUCCUAAGCGAGAACCAAGCGAAACGGUACUAACGGACGCGACAUGGUGCAACGGAGCUACCGAGCGGAAUGUGAUCAACAAUGCCUUUCCCAGUCACUCAGGUGCUCCGUGCUCCAGACUUGCUGAAGUUCCGAUGCAACCCACCAUAAGACUGUCGCCGCCCGCCAAGGGAGGCCGGACCGGGUCCGCGUGGUCGGAACCGGUAGCCAGCAAGCGGACGGCCGGGAACGGUACGGACGGGACCGGCACCCGGCUGCUCUACUACAUCCAGGAGUCGAACAAGGUGGAGGGCUACAUGCGGGAGGCGUGCUUCUCGCCGGACGGGCGGGUCAUCUGUUCGCCGCACGAUGACUACGGCGUGCGGUUGCUGGCGUUCAACGAGCAGUGCAACGAGAUGCGGUACGCGCGCCAGUGUCUGGCGAGCGGCAGCGAACCGGCACCGCUGCGGGAGCUCAGGUACAAGCCGUGCUAUCCGCACGUUGUCAUCAGCAGCCAGUUCAGUCCCCGGUUUCCGCUGCUCGUGACCGGAUGUCUGCUGGGGAACGUUGUCUGGAAUCUGCCAGUGUUAAGCUAGGGUUUGUGCCGUUGACCGUUAACCGCUUGUGGAGCGGCGGUACUGAACUGAAGUAUACGAGAAGAACACAGUGGGAGAAGGGGAGAGGGAAAGGUAGGAGCGAGGGUUUGGGAAAAUGUAAAAUAAAUCGUGGAAAAAACACACCAAUGUACAAAAACAAA